CUUGAUUCUCUUGACCAAACCCCAACCCUUGUUCUCACUCCAAUUCCUCAUCCGGGUCAUUUAAUUCGUCAUCUGGGUCAUUCAAUUUUGGGGUUUCUUGAUACAGCUCGGAAUCCAUGGCGGCUCUGGCACCGGGAAUUCUGCUGAAGCUCGUCAACUCAAUGAGCACUGGCGUCAAACCCACCGGAGAGCACCGCAGCGCGCUUCUUCAGGUCACCGACAUUGUCCCCGCCGACCUGGACGAGAAGAGCCUCUUGCCCACACAAGGCUUCUACAUCAAGGUCUCCGAUUCCUCCCACUCCAUCUACGUCAGCCUGCCGUCGGAGCAAGACGACAUCGUUUUGAGCAACAAAAUGCAGCUGGGGCAGUUUAUAUAUGUCGAUAGGCUUGAGCCCGGGUCGCCGGUUCCGGUGGUGAAAGGGGCCAAGCCGCUCCCGGGGAGGCACCCUCUGAUGGGUACGCCGGAGCCGUUGAUGGGUCUGAGACAGAAGGGGGGAGAGAGAAGGGAGGAAAUGCCGGUGUCGAGUUCGAAGCAGACUAGGAGGGGGUCUUGGGAUUUGAGUGUGGGUGGUGAUGGGGGUUUGUCUCCAAUGGUGUCUAAGCCUUUGGAUUUUGAUCAGUGUUAUAGUACUCCGGUGAAGGACAGGCCGGUGAGGAGUGCGGCGAUGUCUCCGAUGAUGAGGGGGAGAAUUGGAAGAGAUGGAGGUGUGAGUGGUGGAGUUAGGUGUUCGUUUAAUGGUGGAGUUUUGGGGAAGAUGGGGGAUGUGAAGGGGGAGAGUCCAUUGCUGAGGAAGAGCUGUAUGACUCCCUCAAUGUUCAAGCUUCCGAGGAGUAAAAGCGUAUCUGAUAGAGAGCCGAGGAUUCCGAUUAGCCCCUUCAACCAAGCUGAGAAGAAAAGCUCAACACCUCCACCGCGGCUGAGAAAUGCAAGAGUCACAGCUUCUCUCAAUGUGGCCGGAGAUGCACAAACCCCACAAAAGACUCCCAAUUCAAUGCCACAACAGCUACAGUCUGCUAAUGUGUCAAAUGACAGCAACAGCACUAGUCUUUCUAUGAACUUACCUGGAAAACUCAGCCUGCUUGGGAAAGAAGCUGUGCAACAGCGAGAGACAGCUCAAAAGAUUGCCCUCAAUGCACUGAGAGAUGCUUCGGCUACUGACGCCUUAGUCCGAUCACUCAAGACGUUUUCAAACUUGUGCAAAGCAGCUAAAGCAGAUGCGCCAGCAGCUUGCUUUGAUCAAUUUCUCGAAUUCCAUCAGCAAGUUGUCCAAGCAGUGGCAGAAAUGGUCUCAGUUCAAGCAGCUACUUCAGCUGCUCAAACACCGAAUGCCAAGCAGCAGAGAGACAAAGAAGACGAUGAAGAUGCAGUAUUAAACGAAAUGGUUCACAACUCCAUGAACUCGAAAUUGAGCUUAUCGAAAAGAAGGUGUGCUUUGUACAAGUCGGUUGCAACCAUUCCCGAAAGAGGUGGCGAGCAGAAGACAAGUUUCGAGAAACAGCUGAGAGCAUCUAAUCAGAAGGAAAGAAAAACACCAUCCACUCCACUUGGGAAGUUGAAUCUUGAAACCAUUGGCGAGAAUGAUGAGAACAAGAAACCACCAGCUGUUUCAUCGAGCUCUAGCAGCUUAACUAAUACAAUCAAGUUGGGAAAGCAGAUUGAAACAGAAGCUGGGAACUGGUUUAUGGAGUUCUUGGAGAAGGCUUUGGAGAAAGGCAUGAAGAAAACAAAAGGCACAACAACAGAUGGGGAUGUGCGAAAAGUACCCCAGUCUUUGAUACUUAGAGUGAUUAACUGGGUAGAGAUACAACAAUGUGAUAGCAGUAAGAGACCAGUACAUCCUAAAGCAUCACAAGUAGCCAGAAAGUUGAGGAUAAAGAUGAAGAAUCCUUGAACUUACACGUUGAUUCUGUUGCAACCAUUCUUUUGUGUGUGGAGAUUCUGUUGCUUUUGUUGAAUCUCUUAUUCCCUUAUGAGCAUGUUUUAUUCGUAGGGUAAGCUGUGUUGAUUCAUGUCCUCAGAUUAUACAUGUCUCUCAGAUUAUGUGAAAUAGAACACAUCUAACUCUCCU